AUGGUUGAUGGUGUGCUUGUGACCAAGUGCGAUUAUCCUUCCCCAACCGAAGAGUGGACAAACAAUUACCAAGACAUGGGUGGUGACGAAUAUUGGGGUGAAGGUGGUAAAGUCUCCGAGAUUCUAGAGAGUCACGGACUGAAUGGCGACAUCAAACCGCUUUUCGCCCUGGAUGUUGAAUCAGGAGAGCCUUACACAUUGUUCGAGCUCAACGGAACCUACUAUUUCAUCAACGUAGCUGAUGAUUCUCUCGAACGCGUUACCUAUCCUCAAGAGCUUGCAGAGAUUCUCGGAACUAUUACAGAUCCAGAUGCUGGGCUUGGCGAGGUUUCAACGGCUACUAUUUAA